AUGACCAUCCUCGUCGGAAGGCCUCUCAACUGGGCCAUCACGGCCACGGCCGGCUCCGGCUUCCUCCUCUUCGGCUAUGACCAGGGCGUCAUGUCCGGCCUGCUCACCGGCUACGCCUUCACCCGGACAUUCCCCGAAAUCGACACCACCAACGGCGGCGGCGGCAGCUCUUCGCUGCAGGGCACCGUCGUGGCCAUUUACGAGAUUGGAUGUUUCUUUGGUGCCAUCUUCUGCCUCCUUGUCGGUGAAAGACUCGGACGCCGCAAGUGCAUCAUGCUGGGAUGCAUCGUGCUGAGUAUCGGUGCCGCGCUACAGGCCUCUGCUUUCGGAAUCCCGCAGAUGAUUGUGGGACGUAUCGUUGCUGGACUUGGUAAUGGCAUGAACACUAGUACUAUUCCUGUGUGGCACUCGGAACUCAUGAAGGCGGAUAAUCGCGGCAAGGGUCUUGCUAUUGAACUAGCCAUCAACAUUUUUGGCGUCAUCUACGUCUCCAACGACGCUCAGUUCCGCUUCCCUCUCGCCCUGCAGAUCUUGUUCGCCCUGGUUACAUUCCUCGGAAUACUGGUGUUGCCUGAGUCGCCCAGAUGGCUCAUUGCCCAUGACCGCCACGAUGAGGCCAAGCAUAUCCUCUGGGCGGUGGAGAAGGACGCCACGUCCAUUACCGAGAACGAGCCCAAGCUGGAGCGAAACCUGGCCGAGAUCCAAGCUGCCAUCAGAGAGGAGCGAGAGGCUGCCAACACUGGUAGCUUCAAGAUGAUGUUCAAGAACGGCGACCAAAAGUUCCUCUACCGAACCUUAUUGGGUAUCGGUGGCCAGUUCAUGCAACAACUGAGUGGUAUCAACUUGAUCACAUACUACGCCCCGGUCAUCUUCCAGGAAUCUGUCGGCAUGUCACACAACCUCUCACUCCUGCUCGCAGGAUUCAACGGUGUCGCCUACUUCUUCUCCUCCCUUAUCCCGAUCUGGAUUAUCGACCGCCUCGGCCGCAGAAAGCUUAUGCUGUUCGCCGCCGGCGGCCAAUGCGCAUGCAUGGCCAUCCUCGCAGGCACCGUCUCCAACGGCAGCGUCCCCGCCGGAAUCGUCGCCAUCGUCAUGCUCUUCCUCUUCAACUUCUUCUUCGCCGUCGGCCUGCUCGCCAUCCCGUGGCUGUUGCCUGCCGAAUACGCGCCCCUGGCCAUCCGUACCCGCGCCGCCGCCCUCGCGACCGCUUCGAACUGGAUCUUCACCUUCCUUGUCGUCGAGAUCACACCCGUCAGUAUCAAGAGCAUUGGGUGGAGAACCUAUGUCUACUUCUGCAUCUUCAACGCCUUCUUCAUCCCUCUCAUCUACUUCUUCUACCCCGAGACGCAGAACCUCAGCUUGGAGCAGAUCGACAGACUUUUCACGGGCGGCAAGGUACAAUUGUACUGGAAGUCGAGCAUGGGCACGCCGGGCGAAGCGUCGCACGCUCUCAACGAGAAAGAUUCCGAGUCCGGCUCUGGAGAUGUUCUCCGUGUGGAGAACAAGGAAGAGUUUACUCACUAG